AUGGAGAUGGAGCGCAAAGGAAAUAACCAACAGAAGAGCAUGAACACAGUCCCCCACUACCACAAAUUAUGCAGUCGAGUUUCCCGCAUUUGGGGAAAUCGCAAGAGUCAGCAUACCCGGAGUGUAAUGGAUGAACCUCGCCCUGGGAAAACCACCUUUGUGACCAUGGUAUCUCCCCUUCCAGAGCCAGCCUGCCUUCUCCCUUCUCCCAACCCCCGGCAGAGGGUCCUUCUCUUCGUAGCCUCGGACGUGGACGCCCUGUGUGCUUGCAAGAUCCUCCAGGCCCUGUUCCAGUGCGAUCACGUGCAGUACACGCUGGUCCCGGUCUCUGCGUGGCAAGAACUCGAAACUGCAUUCCUUGAGCACAAAGAGCAGUUCCGUUAUUUUAUUCUCAUAAACUGCGGAGCUAACGUAGACCUGCUGGACAUCCUGCAGCCUGACAAGGACUCUGUGUUCUUCGUGUGCGACACCCACAGACCCGUGAAUGUGGUGAAUGUGUACAACAGCACCCAGAUCAAAUUACUUGUCAAACAAGACGACGACCUUGAGGUUCCUGCCUACGACGAAAUCUUUUGGGAUGAAAAAGAGGACGAAGAGCAUUCGGGAAGUGACAGUGAAGACGAUGAUGGGUCAGAGCCUUCCAGGAAGUGCACACGGUUAGAGGAGGCGAUAUUGGAGCGGACCCUGAAGAGGAGGCAGCGGAGAGAACGGGAGUCCCGGAGGAGAGACAUCCUCUUUGACUACGAGCAGUACGAGUAUCACGGGACUUCAGCCAUGGUGAUGUUUGACCUGGCGCGGAUGAUGUCCAAAGACCUGAACGACAUGUUGUGGUGGUCCAUCGUGGGACUCACGGACCAGUGGGUGCAGGACAAGAUCACUCAAAUGAAGUACGUGACGGACGUUGGCGUCCUGCAGCGCCACAUGUCCCGGCACAACCACCAAAACGAAGACGAGGAGAAUACCCUCUCUGUGGACUGCACACGCAUCUCCUUCGAGUACGACCUCCGCCUGGCACUCUACCAGCACUGGUCCCUGCACGACAGCCUGUGCAACACGAGCUACACCGCAGCCAGGUUCAAGCUCCGGUCUGUGCACGGGCAGAAGAAGCUGCAGGAGUUCCUCGCAGACAUGGGUCUUCCUCUGAAGCAGGUGAAGCAGAAGUUUCAGUCCAUGGACGUCUCCUUGAAGGAGAACCUGGGGGAAAUGAUCGAGGAGUCUGCCAAUAAAUUUGGGAUGAAGGAUAUGCGUGUGCAGACCUUCAGCAUCCAUUUUGGAUUCAAGCACAAGUUCCUGGCCAGCGACGUGGUCUUUGCCACCAUGUCUCUGAUGGAGAACCCUGAGAGGGACGGCUCAGGGACGGAUCACUUCAUCCAGGCACUGGACAGUCUCUCCAGGAGUAACCUGGACAAACUGUACCAUGGCCUGGAACUGGCCAAGAAGCAGCUAAGUGCCACCCAGCAGACAAUCGCCAGCUGCCUCUGCACCAACCUCGUCAUCUCCCAGGGACCCUUCCUCUACUGCUCGCUCAUGGAGGGCACUCCGGAUGUCAUGCUAUUCUCCAAGCCUGCAUCCCUGAGCCUGCUCAGCAGACACUUGCUCAAGUCC